AUGUCGCUGUCCCAUUCAGCGGCACCGGUUGGUAAGGAGGAAGAGGAGCAAGGCGCAAGCGCUAGUGCUGGUGGUGCUGAUGCUACUGGUGCGCCAAGCACGCAGGUCACAGAACAUACACAGGAGCUUACCCAGAACUACAAGCGACGUCUAUCUCCUGCACCUGAUAGCGAAGAAGAUCCAGGAGAUGACAAGGACGACCUGGCGAGGAACGGAGAGAUGCAAAUGACCAUGGCGAUGGGAAGAGACGUCCAUGCAUCUGCAGAUACCAUACAAAAUUCAGUUACGGAAGAAACUAUCGAAAAAGAUGGAAAGACAGACGCACAGGAUGCACUUAACGCACCAGAGAGUGCACGUCGCCCAGCGCCUGCCUUUACACACACAUCGUUUGUACGAGCUACAUCGGCCGAUGCAUGGUUCCUAUCGACGACACACCGGCGGAAUUUCGCGACACGCAAACUCGGACGGGACAUUUUACGUGGUACAUCGACAAAGCGAAUAUCGCAGAUUGUCGGCGCGCUGGACGCGUCAGAGUUGCCACGACUCGCUCGGAUCGCAGCUGAUCAAGCGCCAAACACACAAGACACAGCACUACCAGUGCGCACAAGACACUCACAACGUGCCAUGGCACUGCAACUGGAUCCUGAGCGCCAAGACAUGUAUGUGACGCAGCUUCUUCAUGGCUUUCAUCUAAUGCUGUACGGUGUCGGGGACAAAGCGCCAGUGGUCCGAGCCAUUGUAGAGCGGAUGGCAAAGAACUACGGGAGUGCAAGUCUCUUGGUUCAAGGCGCUGCAGGCCGAGCCCUCUCAAUUGACCGUAUCAUCAAGUCCAUUGAACAGGCACUAGGUACAUCACUACCAGAGACAAGCGGCCGCACGGUAAUGCGGGAGGACCGAGUCUCGCAGCGGAUCCGACAACUUACUCAUUGCCUAGGCACGCGCGCAUCCAGCGUGCCGCCGAAGCCCCCGCAUCGACUUGUGCUGGGCCUCUUGGCUUUUGACGACCCUAUCUUCCAUACCACACGCAUCCACACGCUCAUUCACGCCCUUGCGCGCUGUGAGCGCGUGCAUAUCGUCGCAAGUGUGUCGCAAGUGAAUGCAGGCUUGUUGCUUGACGGGAGCGCGGGUUCGUUUGGUCUUGGCAUUGCCGGGCAUGCAGAAGUACCGCUCUUCCACCUCCCGGGGAUACGCACGCUUCGUGCACCGUGGCUAUGGCAUCAUGCGACAACGUAUGUACCGCCCAUUUCAGAGCUGGUCCAGUCGCGAGGCACAGCUGCUAGCUCGUCCUCGUCAACAGGGCUUGCGUCACUGAAACUACCAGCAGCUGUAGAUUUAGCAGGUGGCCGUGCACGUGCAGCGCCCGGUGCAUCUGUCGCAGCCGCAAUGGCACAACCAAUCUCUGAUGCUGCAGCGAUCCAGGUGCUUCAGACGAUCACGUCGCGGGCGCGAAGUUUGUUCUCACAGCUUGCUGCAUUACAGCUUGUCGCAGUAGCCGAGGCCGGUGCUGAUGUCGAUGACGGGAGUGUGCCACGAACGCCAUACGUUGUGCUCAUGCGAGAAGCGCUACGCGAAUUUAUUGCAUCAUCCGACGAGAGCGUGCGUCAGUUGCUUGGCGAGAUGGUCGAUCACGGCCUGGUCAUUGUCACACGUGGCGCCACGACCGUCACAAAUAGUCAUGCGAUCGCUGUCGGUGACGAACUCUCGAUUCCCUUCCCUGUGCCGGUGCUCGAGCAGGUCCUUGCACAGAUUGCCUAA